UGGGCGGAGACACUGACACUCAUCAACCUUGUGAAUCCGGUUCGCGUGACCAUGGCGGCUCCUGCUGUUGCUGCUGGAGAUUCCUCCGCAGAAAACAUGCCUGAAGCAGCUGCUGAACCCACGGAGAGUUCCGCCGAGGCGCAGAAACGACCGCAGUUCGGCACUCGCUUCCUCACAGACCCGCGGCAGGUGUUCCAGCACAACGCGUGGGAUAAUGUGGAGUGGUCAGCUGAACAGGAGGAGGCUGCACAGAAGAAGGUGCAGGAAAACAGCCAACCUCUGCCAGCAGAAAAACAAGAGGAGUUUGACAACAGGGCCAAUGAGUACUGGAACGAUUUCUACACCAUUCACGAGAACCGCUUCUUCAAGGAUCGCCACUGGCUGUUUACAGAGUUUCCUGAGCUGGCCCCUCAACGAAAGCCUCCACGAGACGCUGAGGAGAACCUGUUAAAUGGUGAAGAAGUUCCCUCGACUCACACUGACACUGAAUUUCCUGGAGCCUCUGCAUCCUAUCGCAUCCUGGAGGUAGGCUGUGGAGUAGGCAAUACAGUCUUUCCCAUCUUAAAAACCAACAAUGACCCAGGACUCUUUGUAUACUGUUGUGAUUUUUCCAGCACGGCUGUUGACCUUGUCAAAUCGAAUCUUGAAUAUGACCCGUCACGCUGCCAUGCGUUCGUCCAUGAUAUGAGUGAUACGUCUGCAGAGUAUCCAAUACCGGACCACAGUCUGGAUGUCAUUGUCCUCAUAUUUGUGCUGUCCGCCCUGCAUCCUCAGAAGAUGCAGAACUCUAUUAAUAGAUUAGCACGACUGCUGAAACCUGGAGGAGUGUUGUUAUUGAGAGACUACGGCCGCUAUGACAUGGCACAGCUACGGUUCAAAAAAGGCAGGUGCUUGUCUGAAAAUUUCUACGUUAGAGGGGAUGGAACACGUGUCUACUUUUUCACACAAGUGCCGGCCUGGAGAAGGUGCAGAACAUGGUGGACCGGCGCUUACAGGUGAACAGAGGAAAACAGCUGACGAUGUACAGAGUCUGGGUACAGUGCAAGUAUCGCAAGGUCCUGGCGCCCACUUAGACUCAACACUGCUUAUUUGGAGGGAUCGAGAACACCUGGGCUGAACCAUGAGAAUAUUGUGAUUUGGUUGUUUUAAAGAUGAUGGACAGCUUACAACAACAUGGAGGACUGCAGCUGACACGUGAUUGAACAGGCCCUGAGCUGUAUGAGACGCAAGCUUCUGCAGUCUGUUGGGGAAUGUUGAUGGAGGACAAAAGUUCCCAUGAUGCACCUGAGGACUUGAAUCUUUCUGUGUAUCACACUGAGUGAUGUUUUUAACGACCUUUUAGAACUUAUAAAUAAACAACUACAUGAUGUAUUAAAACAAA